AUGGGUCGCACAGAAAAGUCGCAAGGCCUCGCGCCUCCAGCAAUAAGAAAAGACAUUCGCGCAAAGCAGGCUCGCCACAUCGUUAAUAAGGUCGUCCCAUUGAUAUUAGCGUCGAAUACAAGAGCAAGGAAGGGCGCCAACGGGAGUGAACUCAUAGUCGAUCCGGGCCCUGUUACCACACACUCGGAAAAGGGGACUAAAGAGAAGGAUGUCACCGCCGACGACGACACAAAAUACAUCAAGCGCAAAGGCCAGGGGCGACGGAAAGCCAAGAUCAUAUCCGAGGACGCUGAGCCCGAGGACUCGAAGCCCAUUACAAAGGGACACAGAAUGAAAGAAUCUAAUUCCGCGCCGCUCCCCAAUAUCAGUCUCGAGGACCGCCCGCCCAUCAAACUCCGCGUCAUGACGACGGAUACUCUAACAGCGGCACAAACUCUCACCACCAAAGCGCGGAACCAGCCUAAUCCAUGCAUUUUGAACAUGGCGUCCCCGCUCCGCCCCGGCGGCGGCGUCCUCGCUGGCGCAACUAGCCAGGAGGAAUACCUCUGCGCGCGCACCACGCUCCUGCCGUCCCUCGCUGACUCCUUCUACCGCCUCCCAGAGUUAGGCGGCGUCUUCACAAGAGACGUCCUCGUGUUUCGCAACUAUCUUCCGCUGGGCGAUACAAAGGGCGAGUUGCCGCCCACAGAGCGCUGGUACGUGGACGUCGUUUCGGCUGGUAUGCUCCGGUUUCCUGACCUUGAAGGCGAGGAAGAUGAAAAGCGACUUAGCAAGAAGGAUAGGCGGCUAGUAGAGGCGAAGAUGCGGGGGGUGCUUCGGAUAGCGUGUUCGCGGGGUGUGAAGAAGAUCGUGCUUGGGGCGUGGGGCUGCGGUGCGUACGGGAAUCCAGUUCGGGAUAUUGCCGAGGCGUGGAGGGCUGUACUUAUCCCUCCUGCCUCCCCUCCUUCAUCUCAGAGCGACGCCAGGAAUCAUAAAAGUAAGCUGAUGCUGGAGACGUGGCACGGCCUCCAGGACGUGGUUUUUGCCAUUUCGAACGGGAAGAUGGCGGACGAGUUUGCGCGGGCGUUUGGCGGGAUUGAAGUCGAGGCCGGGCCUGAGAGUCGGGAAGACGACGAAGAUGAUGGUACGGGUGAGGUAGCUGAGGAGCUCAGGGCGAAGAUUGUGGAGAUGGAAGGGCAGGUGGAGAAGGUGUGGAAUGCGGAUUUGAAGCAUCGGAUGGGUAUCAUUCUAGAAGGAUUGAGGACGCAGCUUAGCGAGCGGGAGGGGAGGCAAGGAAGUGACGAGGCGGGUGAGGGAGAAGGGCUUCGUGAAGAAGCUGGCUUGUCUGAUGAGGAUGCAAGUUGGGCAGGUUUGAGUGUGAAUGGGGACGAAGAGGAGGAGGAGGUAGUGCACUCUAGUAGCGAUGAGUGGCAGGUCAGUCCUUUUGAUUAG